AUGAGUUUGUUUUCUAUACUCUGUUUUGUCCUACUAAGCAGCUUUGGCGUUGCUUCGGUUUCAGCACAAAGAUGUAUGAAUAAAAAUGGGUAUUUCAAGCCAAACGGUACCUACGACGCAAAUCGCCGUCUCAUCCUCUCUUCACUUCCUUCCAACGUCACAAGCAAAGAGGGCCUCUACUUCAACGGUUCGGUAGGACAAGAACCCAACCGUGUCUACGCAAUAGGGAUGUGCAUCCCUGGAUCAACUUCAGAAGACUGUUCUGUUUGUAUCAAGACCUUAUCUGAUCGUUUGAUAAAGAAUUGUCCUAACCAAACAAACGCGUUUCAUUGGCCUGGUCAACCCACGCUCUGCCAUGUGCGCUACUCCAACACUUCUUUCUUAGGAUCUGCGGAUCUGGACCCGCGUGCACUGCUCUUCAACAAAGCAGAUAUCAACUCAAAUCUAACAGAGUUCACAAGAAUAUGGGAAAACUUAGUUGUUCGUAUGAUUGAUGCAGCCUCCAUAGCAAAAAGUACAUCAUCCUCUAGUGAUAACCAUUACAAGGCUGAUGUUGCACCCUUGACAGCUUUUCAGAACAUAUACGCUCUGAUGCAGUGCACGCCAGAUCUUUCCUCUGGUGAUUGUGAUCACUGUCUGCGGCGGAGCGCAAGAGAAUACCAGUCAUGUUGUGGUCAGAAGCUAGGAGGCGUUGUUAUGCGGCCAAGCUGCUUUUUCAGGUGGGACAUUUAUAGAUACUCUAAGGCCUUUGAUAAUAUCACGGUGGAUGAUCAGGCCAGAACAACCGAUAAUGACAGCAAAGGAAUCUCAUCUGGAGUUGUUGCGGCUAUUACAGUUCCAACUGUCAUUACCGUCUUUAUACUGCUUAUUCUAGGAGUUGUUCGUUGUCUGAGGAGAAAAUCAAUGCACAGAACUGAAGUUGAAUCUGAUAGUGAUAUUUCAACUCCACAUUUAUGGCAAUACGACUUAAAGACAAUUGAAGCUGCAACAAACAAGUUUUCAAGGAGUAAUAAGCUCGACUCUGAAAAGCAAGGCCAGCUAGAUUGGACUCAGCGAUACAAAAUUAUUGGAGGCAUUGCUAGAGGGAUUCUUUAUCUUCAUCAAGAUUCACAGCUCACAGUCAUACACCGUGACCUCAAAGCCAGCAACAUUCUUUUAGAUGCCAAUAUGAACCCAAAGAUUUCAGGUUUUGGAUUGUCGACAAUCUUUGGAAUGGAGCAAACUCGAGGCAAUACCAGCCGAAUAGAUGGAACCUAUGGUUACAUGUCUCCUGAGUAUGCAAUGCAUGGUACAUAUUCCAUGAAAUCUGACAUUUACAGCUUUGGGGUCUUAGUUCUCGAGAUUAUAAGCGGCAAGAAAAACAGCUGUGUUUACCAGAUGGAUGAAAAUAGUACUCCUGGCAACUUGAUCACUUAUGCUUGGAGGCUUUGGAGAAAUGGAUCACCACUAGAGCUGGUGGAUUCGGCUAUUGGAAUGAACUAUCAGAGUAAUGAAGUCACUAGAUGCAUCCAUAUCGCGCUCUUAUGUGUACAAGAAAAUCCAGAAGACCGACCAAUGUUGUCAACUAUCAUCUUGAUGCUCACUAGUAACACAUUCACUUUACCUGUGCCUCGCAUACCAAGUUUUAUCCCUCGGAGCAGGCACGAGGUGGACUCUGAGGGACUAGAAUCAAGUCAAUUUACAGGAAGAUCUAUUGGCUAUUCUGUUAACAACGUGUCAUAA